AUGGCAACGCCUCUCUCCUCCGCUCCGCCUCCCUUCGUCCCAGUCCAGCUGGAUCCCACCAAGGAUUCCGGCAAGGACACCGAAGGCACCUCAGCUAUCCCGGAGAAAACCUCCGAGGCGGAACAAGCAGAGAAGAAGGCGGAAGAAAUCGCUGCCAAGAAAUCCAAACUCGAAGCCCUCGAGGAAAGCGAACUCGGAACUCUCGUCCGGGUCCCUACCACGGGCAACACGGAUCCAGAAGCAGCAUCAGAGGCGGAAGCCCACGACGCUCCGCGCCCUUCUAAGAGGAAGAAGCCUGCUCCCUCCAGUCCCGCCGUGAAACGUGCCCGCGAAGUGCUCAGCACUGCGGCUACUCGGAAAGCGGAGGCGGAGAAAAAGCGGCUCAAGCUUAUCGACACUAGCAACAAAGGCCAGCCCGACAUCCAACAGUUCUUCAAGCCUUCCGGUUCCGGAAGCCAGCCCCCCAAAGCUCCAAGAAUCCUGAAGAAGAAGGUCAAGCCGUCUCCGGCUUCAGUCCCUAUUACACCUGAGGUGGAGGUCCCGCCCAAAGCCUCAUCUGCCUCCAAGCCGGAUCCCAAGGACGUCAUCAACCUCGAUGAUCUUCCUGAAGACCCCGUCGGCCACGGCGAUUCCGGCAAGGGCGCCUCCUCGUCUGCCCCUCCGCCUGAUCAACCAAGCGCCACCUUCGCGGGGCCUACGGAGGAAGAGUAUGAGCAGAAAGUGCAGCUCAUCCACACCUCCAGCACGCUUCAGGCUAACCCUCAACCAGCUCCGUCUCUGCAAAAACGUUCCCUUGCAGAACGCCACACGGAAGUUUCCGCCAUGUUGGACAAGGUGUGGGGGAAGUCGAACGUGGAGAUGCAGGAGCUCACGGAACUGGAGGACGAAGAAACUGCCAAGCACUCCGCCUUCGACGAUCUGUCCGCUAAAGUCAAGGUGCUCGAAGCGGAGAACGAAUCCCUCAAGGCCUUAAUCAAAGAAUCCUCCGGCAAGGAGAAUGAGGCGAGGAAGGAGCUUUCCGAGAAGCAUGCCCGCGACAUGGCGGAACUGAAUGAUAAACUGAGGAAGAGCCAAAGUCGGGGAACUGAACCCCAUUCUUCCACGGCGAGCCUUGGCUUCGAGUGGACGAAAGAGUCAAACCUCAAGAGGACGGAGGCAUAUGACGAAGCGCGGAUUUCCAUCGACUCGCUAUUUGCAUCCUAUCGCGGAAUCGCCAAGACCCUGUCUUUGAAGAGGGCCAAAACUUCAGUGAUCGACACGAUGACCAAGCUAAUGGAGCAAGUGCCGUAA